GAGGACCUGGUGCCUGGCGACAUCGUCGAGGUCAAGGUUGGCGACAAGGUCCCGGCCGACAUCCGCGUCGUCAAGGAGAAGACCAUCUCGAUGAAAGUCGAGCAGUCCCAGCUCACGGGCGAGUCGCAGGCAGUGCUCAAGGACUCCAACGUCAUCGCAGCACGAGGUGACUCGGUGAUCCAAGACAAGCACAACACGCUGUUCUCCUCCACGACCGUCUCCAGCGGGGCGUGCAUCGGCGUGGUUUGCCGAACAGGCAUGCAGACGGAGAUCGGCAUCAUCCAGUCCCGAGUGCAAGAAGCAGCCGAGGACGAGGAGCAGACGCCGCUCCAGCAGAAGCUGGACGAGUUUGGCAACGUCUUGGCGAAGAUCAUCGGUGUCGUGUGCGUGCUGGUAUGGCUCAUUAACUACAAGAACUUCUUCGACCCGAAACACGGCUCCGUGAUCCGGGGGUGCAUCUACUACUUCAAGAUCGCGGUGGCGCUGGCCGUGGCCGCCAUCCCCGAGGGCCUGCCCGCCGUCAUCACGACGUGCCUGGCGCUGGGCACUCGCCAGAUGGCGAAGCGCCACGCCAUCGUCCGCAAGCUGCCGUCUGUAGAGACCCUCGGCUGCACCACUGUCAUCUGCUCCGACAAGACAGGCACGCUGACCACCAAUGAGAUGGUCGUCGUGAAGCUCGUGUUGCCGGGCGACGGCGGAGCGACGAGGACAUGCGAGAUAGAGGGCCACACGUAUACGCCCGUUGGCGAGGUCAAGGGCCUCACCAUCGACUGGAGCAAGGACGCGGGCCUGAAGGCGUUCUGCCGCACGGGCGCGCUGUGCAACGAGUCGCGCCUGCUCAUCAACGAUGAGGGGAAGUUCACGCGCAACGGCGAGCCGACGGAGGCGGCGAUCCGCGUGCUCGUGGAGAAGCUCGGGUGCCCGGACACGGCGUUGGACGGCAGGUGCCGUCAGGCCGCGGACCAGUCUCCCUUCGGAGGGCGAGGCGGGAAGGAGAAACACUACCAGGGGGUCGAGGUGGAGAAGGAGUAUGAAUGGACCUAG